AAACACCCUUACACCCUCAAGUAAAGAAAUUUACGGUUCAAAAAAAAAAAAAAAAAAAAAACUAAUUUCCAUUUUCUUCAUCAAAUCGUUCACUCUGUAACCGUUUUCAUCAUCAAAUCUCUCACUCUGUAAGUAUCGUCAUCACUGUCUUCACCGGAAUAAUGCGACUUCUGAUCGGCGUUUCUCACUUUCUCAUCAGAUCAUCACCUUAUUCUACUUUCCCCAAAACCCUUCUCCGUAACUCCGAUCGCUCUAUCUCUCUUCGGAAUUUCACGGCAAUGGCCAGCUCCGACGCCGGCGACUUUGUCAAAGGAAACGUAUAUCCAAACGGCGUCGCCGUGCUGACUCUCGAUCGUCCAAAAGCCCUCAACGCCAUGAAUCUAGAUAUGGAUUUGAAGUACAAAAGUUUUCUUGAGCAGUGGGAAGUUGACCCAAAAGUCAAAUGUGUUCUGGUUGAGGGAAGUUCGCCACGUGGAUUUUCAGCAGGUGGUGAUGUGAAGCUGAUAUCAACUAUGAAACAACUGUCAGAUCUUAUUAAGGUGUUCACUGCUGAAUACUCUCUUAUAUGCAAAAUCUUUGCAUGCAAGAAGCCAUACAUAAGCUUCAUAGAUGGCAUAACCAUGGGGUUUGGGAUAGGUCUAUCUGGUCACGGCAGGUAUAGAGUCAUAACAGAGAGGACAGUUCUUGCAAUGCCAGAAAAUGGAAUUGGCUUGUUCCCCGAUGUUGGGUUUGCUUAUAUAGCAGCACAAGGACCAGGAGAAGGAUCAGUUGGUGCUUAUCUUGGUAUGACUGGAAACAGGGUGUCUACCCCAGCUGAUGCGCUGUAUGUAGGUCUUGGGACCCACUUUGUCCCGUCUGGAAAUUUGAGCUCACUUAAGGAGACUCUCUUGUCGUGUACCUUUUCAGAUGAUCCACAUGUUGAAGUGCAAGAAAUAUUGGCGAAGUAUAAUAGCAAUCCUGAUUCAGAAGCGCGAUUAAAGGUGCUUUUACCGCGUAUAGUUUCAAUAUUUGGUGGAAAUAAAUCUGUUAAAGAAAUAAUGGAAGACCUAGAAAAGAAUCAGAGAAGUGAUGAUCCUACAGUUGCAGAGUGGGCAAAGGAUGCUUUGUCAGGGCUUAAGAAAGGUGCUCCAUUUUCUCUUUGCUUAACACAAAUGCAUUUCGCUAGAGUUGCAUCUGCAUUGGGGACCAAGGAGGACUUAUCCACGUUAAAUGGAGUGAUGAAAACAGAAUACCGCAUUGCACUAAGGACUUCGCUUCGAAGUGAUUUUUCCGAAGGGGUUCGAGCAGUGUUGGUGGAUAAAGAUCAGAAUCCCAAAUGGAGUCCAUCAAGUCUAGACGAAGUUAAAUCAAGUGAAGUAGAAGCAGUUUUUCGACCACUGGAGCCAGAGGCAGAUGAACUGGCCGUUUGAGUCAUUUAUUUGCAUCCGGGGGUGUACAUGACUUCGUUCUGACACCAGGGGUUUGAACAAUAUUUGACCAUACUCAAUAAGUAUCUCAUUGUUGUUGAUAGUUCCUUAAAAGUGUUCAAAUUUGUAUCUAACUCUCUGUAACCAAACUAUUGAAGCUCAACAAAUUGAUUAAGUUGUUAGUUGUUGGUCA